AUGUCGACAUUGUAUACGUGUUCAAUCAGUGGUGAGCCAGCUGAGGUACCCGUUCUAUCGCCUGUUUCUGGGCGAAUUUUUGAAAAACGACUUAUUGUGAAAUAUAUUAACGAAAAUGGCACUGAUCCAUUUAAAAACGAAGAACUUACUAUAGAUCAGUUAGUUGAAAUCAAAACUGAUGUGGCGAAUGCAAUGCCGCGUACUAUCACGGCAACAUCAAUACCAUCAAUGCUGAAAGUGCUGCAAGAUGAAUGGGAUGCAUGUAUGCUGAACAGUUUCAUGUUACGUGAACAACUCCAAAAUGCACGUCAAGAAUUAUCGCACACAUUGUAUCAGCAUGAUGCUGCUUGUCGUGUGAUUGCGCGUUUAUCGAAAGAACUGAAUGCAGCACGUGAGGCACUUUCGACACUGAAACCACAAGCAGCGGUUGAUGUUGGCAAUAUACAGGAUGAAAUGGAAACAGUUGAUGAAGGUGUGCAAGGAAUCAACGAAGUGGUGCUGAAAAAAUUGCAAGACAAAGCGGCUACUUUAACAGUUGCACGAAAACAACGUGGAAAGAAUUUGCCGGAAGCAUUGUCAAAACCAGAGCAAGUGAAGACAUUCAUGCAGAUAGCAUGCCAUACUGGAAUUCAUAGUACAAGUGUGCCUGGAUUGACAGCUCUUGACGUUCAGGACAAUAUGAUAUUGACCGGUGGGAUCGACAAGGGUGUUGUUUUGUUCAAUAGUGAAACAGAAACAGUUACAUCAACAUUCAAAGGACAUCAAAAGAAGAUAUCGGCUGUUAUUCUUCAUCCAACGAAGGACACAUGUCUUUCGGCAUCUUCUGAUGGGCAGGUCCGAGUUUGGUCAAUCAAAGGGGAGAUUUGUCGUCAUGUAAUUGAAACUCAUGAAAGUGCUGUCACUGAUAUAUCUUUGCAUGCUACUGGUGACUACGUCCUAUCUGUUUCGAAUGAUUCUUCAUGGGCUCUGUCUGAUAUUCAUUCCGGAAAAACUCUUUGCAGAGUUCACUCUGAUGAUAAAAACAAAGUACCAAUUUGCUGUGGACAGUUCCACCCAGAUGGUCUAAUCUUUGGUACUGGAACAGCAGAUUCCAUCGUAAAAAUUUGGGAUUUGAAAGAGCAAACUAAUGUUGCCAAUUUCCCAGGCCAUCAAGGUAUGGUGAAAGCAAUCGCAUUUUCUGAAAAUGGUUACUAUUUGGCUACUGGGGCAGAAGAUGGUGAAGUAAAGUUAUGGGAUUUACGAAAACUAAAGAGCUUCAAAACAAUGACAAUCAAUGAAGGAAAACAUACGCUUUCGGGAAUUUGCUUCGAUCAGUCAGGUACUUAUUUGGCAGUAGCAGGGGCUGAUGUGCAAGUGAUACAUGUUAAACCAUGGACAGUACUUUCUACGUUAACGGAACAUAAGGAUGCCGUUACAUCGGUACGAUUUGGACGUGAUGCACACAGUGUUUUGUCGGUUGGUAUGGAUCGGUCGCUACGCAUCUAUGCAUCAUCACAACAGUGA